AUGAUAGCUAAGAUUCUAACGUUCGUUUUCCUUUGUUCUAGAAUUUUGUAUGUUGCGGGGGACUUCUAUCCGAGGUACCAUCUUGCCCCACCAAAAGGAUGGAUGAACGAUCCCAACGGAUUUUGCAUCUUUAAGGGAGAAUAUCAUCUCUUCUACCAGCAUAAUCCUUAUAGCAGCUACGGACCCGGCAUAGUUCAUUGGGGUCACGCGGUCAGCCGCGAUCUAUUACAUUGGAAGCACCUGCCGGUAGCUUUAGAUCCGGACCAGUGGUACGAUAACGGCGGAGUAUUUUCCGGGAGCUGCCUCGUAGAUGCGGGCAAAAUGUAUCUUUAUUACACAGGUAAUGUUAAUCAUGAGAAAGAAACCCCAGAUCAUAGCCAAUACCAAGCGUUGGCUACCAGCGAAAACGGAUACGAUGUUAGCAAGUACGAAAUGAAUCCCGUCAUAAAUGGGAGCGAAUACCAGCCUGAUCUCAGAGACCCAAAAGUGUGGAAACACGGUGACAAAUAUUACAUGGUGUUGGGCAACUCAUUUAAAGGUCAAUCCAAUGAAACGCUUGGCCGCGUGCUAUUGUGGGUAUCGUCUGAUAAAAUAAACUGGGAGAAGGCGUCUAUUCUGUUGGAGUCGGAUGGCGAGCUCGGUUAUAUGUUUGAAUGCCCCGACUUUUUCGAAUUGGAUGGAUAUUGGGUACUAUUGUUUUCACCUCAAGGCGUUAAGCCGCAAGGUGACAAUUACAAAAAUCUAUUCCAGACCGGGUAUGUGGUUGGUCGUUUCGACUACAAAACUAACGUUUUCACUCCCGUUUUUAAAUUCAAAGAGUUGGACCACGGACACGAUCUAUACGCAACGCAAUCGACUUUGGAUAGACAGGGUAAGAGAAUAGUUAUAGCGUGGAUGGAUAUGUGGGACCAAAACUAUCCUGAGCAAGCCGAGGGAUUCAAUGGACAAAUGACGAUUCCUAGGCGACUGCAACUGACCAAAGACGGAAGAAUAAUACAAACACCCGUGAAAGAUAUAUUGGCGGCGAGGGGCCGUGUCCUCCAUACAGGUAGAACGAGGAGUGACAAAGUUAUAAGACUCGAUGACAAAACAGCCGAAAUAGUAAUAAGGUCUUCGCCAUUGCGUGAUUUUGAGUUGUUACUUGAGGCCGAAAAUACAACGGUGAAAAUAAACUACGAUCGUGUUCGAGGUCUAGUUACUUUGGAUCGUGGAGGAAAGGACGGAGUCAGGCGUACAAACUGGAGGCCACGAGGAAUAUUGGUAUGGAAAUUAUACAUUGACGCUAGUUCUAUUGAGCUAUUUUGUGGGGAAGGUGAGGUGACCUUCUCGAGCAGGUACUUCCCAGUUGGUCCAGUGAAGGUCAGACUAGGAAAGGCCAGUGAAGCUGAGAAUAUGACAGUUAGGUCAAUGAAGACUACUGUUGAUAUUAACCCGAACAAUGUUAAUGAACCGCAAGAAUAA